AUGGCGAAGAGACACAGGAGCACUUCCUCAUAUGGUAGCAAGGACAGCGAGAACGACGGCACAGUGUCGGAUGCGAUGGCCCGAGACGUCACCGACCAUGAUACUGGAGCCACUACGAGACGACGGCCGAAACAAUCGCCAUGGCUCAGAAACUCGUCGUCUCCACGCUCCCACGAUCUCACCAUGAAUGACGGCGAGGAACAUGCGGCUGUCGGUGAGUUGGCCGCAACCCUCGCGCAGGACAACACAGCCCGUGGUCGCCGUGAGUCGCCUACGUCGGUCAAUUCGCAAUACCCGGGCAGUCGAACGGCCGACGUAACGACAGACGUUUCCAAGCAGCUCACUGCAAAUGCAUCGUCCUUAAUCGAGGAAGUGCACGUCACCAGCUCUACUGUAGGACGGCGUAGUUUUGACGAUCGCCACGACGAUGACAGCCAUCGGCCGUCCACCAUCACGUCGCGAACCGCGAUCUGUGCCACUGCGCCCCAUGAUAGCAGCAGCUCUGCCAGAAGAUCCGUCAGAGUGCCUCCCGAGAGUCACUUCCAACCGAUUGUGACCACACCGAAGAAGCCUCGGCCGUUGGUUCCCAGGCUGGUCGUCGGGUCUUGCCUGGUCGCUGUCGUCAUGGUAGUCCUCGUCGUCGUCGUCGUCCUGAUGCCCGAUAGUCCCAUUCUACCGCCGAGCGUCUGUUGGACGCAUGAAUGCCUGGAGUACGGCAAGUUGCUUAGGUCCUCCAUCGACGACUCGGCGCUGCCGUGUCACAACUUCACCCGCUUCGUGUGUGGUGGUUGGCGCAGAGAGCACCGCUUGAGCGUACGUGAAGAACUCUACGAGAGGGCCAUCGAGCGCAUGACGCGUCUCGUGCGCACCAUCGAGGUGCCCACGACGGACCAGAACAGCGUGCAGCUGGCGGCAGCCAUCUACCGGAGCUGCGACGAUGUACUGCAGGGUGUGCGGGAUGAACUGGCAGCCGUCAGAAAGUACCUGUUGGAUGCCGGCAUCGCGUGGCCGCACCGCAGCAGGAACAUGAACGUUGUUUACACGCUACUCUUCAGCUCGCUGAGGCUUGGCUGGCACGUCAUAUUGCGUGUAGAGCCCCGCUGGUCAGAGAAUGGUGCCACUACCUUCCUCGUCGAUCCUGGCGGUGCUUUUCACCUCCUCAGGCAUCCGCGCGAUGUUAACGACUUCGAGCAGUACUUCAAGCGGCUGACGGAAAUGUAUGGUGGCGCCGGCGACACUGACAUCGUGUCGCUCGAAGACGUCGUAGAGGUUGAGGACUUGUUUCGCGACACGUUGAGUGCGGCUUACAACGAUCGCACGGGGUACCAGGUCUUUCCAGAAAGGACGUUUCUCGGACUUGGGGAAAGUCGUUGGAUCGGCGUCUUGAAGAGGUUGAACUUUUCCGUAGGCAAACGCUUCCAGGUGCUCACGACAGCACGGCGUUUCGUCUACGAUUUCUUCAGCCUAUGGGACAACUAUGGCGAAGAAGGAGCGUACGGCUACACGUCGUGGUGUACUGUCCAGGUGGCCGGCCUCUAUGCGAACCGCCAGCUCGUCCUCAACUACCACGGCGGCAGCACUAGGAAGGCGCAGGCUUACUAUGGGGCCUUCUGCGUCACCGCGGCGUUCACUUUUUCUCGAUACGCCCUGUUCGGAAGCUACAACGUUGAAGUACUCCGAGGCAAGACGCGCUCCGUCGCAGAGGACGUCACGCGAACCGUGGGUGACAGCUUUCUGAGGCGCCUUUCCAGGUGGCAACACUUCAAUAGCAACGUCGAAGUGGUCACCAACUGGUCAUCAUUGUCCAGGGCGUUUCGGGGCUUCGAGGUCACCCAUGAUGCGACGUGGGGUCCGACCGGUUUGGAGAUGACCGACUCCUUCGUGGAGAACUGGCGCCUGUCGACGCUCGUACCGAGCAAUCCAGACGACUGGGUUCUCGUUGCCGUCAUCGAUUCACUGGAGAUGUUCGCCUUGUACGUCGAGGGUUACCGUAGGGACUUCCAGCUGCUUCCCGUCGCACUCUCCUUCCCUUUCUUCGACUUGGGACUGACUGCGCCCGUCAACUACGGUGGCCUCGGUGCGCACGUGGCGUGGGCUCUCGGCUUGCUCUUCCUGACAGCGUACGGCUCCGACGAGUCGCUGAGGGCCACGGUCGAACAGCUAAAGAACUGCAUCGCCGGCAAGUCGAAAGCCACGGACGCAGACGUCGUAACCUCCAUUGCCGUGACGGCGGGGGCCCUUCUUGAAGCGCUGGAGGGCAACAGUGACGCGGCGAGCCGGCUACCCAUCCCUCAGCUCCAGAGCUUCUCAGUGACGCAGCUCUUCUUCGUGUCGCUUUGCUUCGCGCACUGCGAGGGCAGUGAUUCGGCGGCAAAAUGGGCCGGCAUCUGUGACCAAGCGUUGAGGCAUGUCAGGAGCUUCGCUCGCGCCUUUCGCUGCGCUCCUGCGUCGCCCAUGAAUCCUGAGCAGCGAUGUGACGUGCCUUAG